AUGAGUGCACGGCCCGCAGUUGCCGGCACUCGGGCAAAGAAGCAAAACCAUGCCAACAUUCCAUGCCCCAUCGAAGACUGUGCACGCUUCACGUACGGAAAGCUGCCCGAUCACUUGACCAAGAUCCAUGGCCUCACUGGAGCAGAGAGGGACGCACUCAAUGAGCAACAGAGAAAAAGAUUUUUCAACGGAGAACUGUGCCAAGUGCGCUAUUUAAAAGAAACGGCUAUUAGAGAUCUGUGGGGUACCGAUUACGACGAUCCACGAAUUCGCGCGAAAAUACACCAGAGCUAUGGCCUCGUUAAAAUCAGGAUAAUUCCACUGGCUGCUUCCCAACGCGCUCGUCCCCUUACAGAACAAGAUGCUAAUGUCUUAACAGCGUACAAUGCAAGAACUGCUCCUCGGCCUGCACGUGUUCAGAGAUCUAGAGCACGGCCAACGCCAUAUUCUAUACCUGAAGCUAGCCCAGUUGAAAGGAGAAUAUCUAGUGAUUCAAGCGAAGAAGAAAACCCGCGUAACUCCCUCCCGCCAUCACCUCCACCGUCUUCACCAUCCUUGCCUCCAUCGCCAGCACCUUACGAACUACAACCAGUGGAAACGCGCUUGCGAGAUAUAUUCGACUCCAAAAUCGACGCAGGAUACAAAGCUGUUAUCGAUGAUAUGAAGAAAUCAAUGACUAUGGGCCGGACGCUCGGAAACAGGAAACGCAAAGCCUAUCGCACAUAUCGACGUUAUGCGAAACGAUUAAUCGCAUAUCUGCAUCGACAGCAUUCGCCGUUGGCUUAUGAUGUUGACGUUUUGCUUUGCGGCGAAAGACAAGUUUGCGCCUUCUUGGAAAGAAUCAGUGGCGAGCACAAAACGAAAACCUUGCGGAAUUAUAUAGUAGCUGCAAUCAAAUUGCUUGAUUCCCGACUUUUUGCUAUCGAGACAGAUCCUUCUAGCAAAGAAAAAGUUGCCUCUAUGACUCGGGUGUACGAUGUACUGCACGCUCGGCUGAAUGCUUGCGAUAGGUUACUUGCUCAAAAGGAGUCUUCCUCAAAAAAGGACAUUACUGCUUUUGACAGCGAUGCUAUGGAACAAAGUUUCAACGAAAGCUACGAAGGUCUUGUGUAA